AUGGCGCUACAUCAUAGCGCUGCGGGCAUAAAGAACGUAACGGCAGCCCCAACAACCUCUUCCAACACUGUCGUUGACUGGAUUGAAACGAAAUCGCAGGUCGUGACAGCUCUGCCCUCGAAGGAAAUUGCGUUUUCAUCCCAGGAAGAGCUCUUUGCCACUGUCUUUUACAAGGCAAAUUUUGCAUUACUUUGUCAAAUCUGUCAAACCUCUAACCUCCACUGCCAUCUUAGCACUUCAUUGAAACGUGACCUUGGCUAUGUUCGUGACAGUAUGUGCCUCUGGGGAGAUGCCUUGGGUAAUGGGCGGUUGGAAGCAUGCCUUUCACCACAGGACGAGCUUCACAAGAGCUUGAUUAGCCUGUUGGACCGCAUAGGCAAAACCCUUAUUACAGUCAUAGAACAGUCAAUUAGCAUUUGGGAAGUCAAGAAGGCAAAAUGGAGCCUGGUAGAAAGCUUGCAAGAGCUUCUUUCCAAAGCUACAUCCAUUUUGUCAGUCGACGAACCAUCUUCCAGUAUUUGUGAAAGCGACAGCGACUCAGCCAGCGAAACAGACGAUGAUGAAAGUCAGGAUACAGUCGUAGCUGAUAUUCGAUCACUACAAGUGUACUCUAAAUUGUUAAUGGACCUUUGCCCAACUUUAGAACAAGCAUUCAAUACACGGCAGCACGGAGCAGGAGAAAAAGAACCAGCUUCGAGCUUCAAGUCUUUUGAAGUAACGGAGAGCGCUCUUCCUUGGGUCAGUCAAGUAUACGAGAAGUUUCGGACAGCUGAUAAUGGUCUACUCAAGAGGCUUGGAGAAGCUAAUUGGCAGAGAUGUGUCCGCAUCCGAGCAUUGAAAUCUGACAGUGCUACGGCGCAAGAGAGCUUUGAAGAGCCCAAGACCAUCUUCAAACCCUCGACAGUCCACACUUUUCGCGAUUCGGCACUUGGUGCCUCGACCCCAGCUCAGUCAGAGGUUGCCGGCUCCGUUGCCUCUCAUACUUCCUUCAUGUCAAGUGUUGAAGGUGAAGGUGGGAAUCACCAUGCAGUACCUCGAACUCCUCAGCAGAUCUCACGGAACGAGCCUUUUACAUGCCCAUAUUGCGGUACCUUGCUUAAAACACUACGGAAUCGGAUAGACUGGAAGAUGCAUGUCUUUUCUGAUCUUCAAGCUUAUAUCUGCACAUUCAACGAUUGUCAUGAACGCCUCAAAACUUUCUCGACACGGACACUGUGGUCUCGGCACGAGCUCGAAGCUCAUUUCUCGGACAAGUCGUUUAGGUGUCGCGAUUGUCAUGAAAGCUCCGUUACAUUUACUGAUCAGGAGAGCUUCCUUGAUCACCUGAGUCGCGUACAUGGGGCCGAGGCUCUUACACAUGUUCAAGCUCUGAGUAUGGCACAGGCUGCAGCGCAGUCAGUCCCAAGGUCUUUUACGGAUCAAACGUGCCCUCUUUGUGCGCAAACCGACUGGAAAUCGCAACGCGAAUAUUUCACUCAUUUGGGAAAGCAUCUCGAACAAAUAUCGCUAACAGCAUUGCCGCCAGAGGAGGAUGAGAGUGAGGAUGACGAUGACAGCGUUCAAGGUGAUGAGGAGAAUUCUACCUUCAAGUGUAUAUGUGGGUUCGACAAUGACGAUGGUUAUACCAUUUGGGAUAAGAGGUGUGAUACAUGGCAGCACAUUGCGUGCUACUAUGGAAAUGAUUCCCAGAGACCAGAGGAACAUCUUUGUGUAGACUGUUCGCCGAGAAAUCUCGACACGGCAGGUGCCUCGCAGCGUCAAAAGGAGAGUCGAAGAAAGUCAGCUCCUUAUACAGCUCCUCAUAUAGGGGCAGAUUGGAGUACUUUCCAACAUUGUUUGGAUCAAGCCUCCAGAGAACAGGACAGAAUCGGGGCUAGGUUAGAAGCUGAAAACAAAUGGUUCCUUGAUGAGAGCAAAAGGCAGCAAGUGAAUGGUCAAAACCUAUUGAAUGAUGCGCAACAGCAUUCCAAGAACGAUCAGUACAACCAUACAUAUGGGCCACCGUAUAGCCCUUCGCAAGAGCUGGGACCUAUGCAAAGGAAGCACAGAGAAGGUCGCAAGGGCCCAAGCCAGGAUGCGCUUAAUGAUGAAGCAUCAGAAACCAGCAAAUGUCCUUAUUGCGAGAAGACUUUCUCUGGUGUUGUGUGUGACCAGAAAUCUAAUCUUAAGCGCCAUAUCGGGCACAAGCACCAUCAUCUACUUGAUGACGCCCCCAAUUACAAGCUGCCUUCAACCAAGGAGCACAAAUGCCCUUAUUGUGGCACAGGAUUCACGGGACAUCACAAUGUGAAGAGCCACCUACUGACGCACUCACAGGAAAAGCCAUAUGUUUGCUCAACCUGUCAGUCAAGCUUUCGUCGACUGCAUGACUUGAAGCGCCAUACAAAGCUUCACACCGGAGAAAGACCACACGUCUGCAUCCGAUGUAGACGCAAAUUCGCAAGAGGUGACGCACUCGCUCAUCACCAAAAUGGUCCUGGGGGUUGUGCAGGUAGGAGAAGCAGUCCUCCGGUUGAUGGGAAUAGUCCCAGGAGCGACACCAGUCUAUUAACAGAGUUGAAAAGCUAUGCGAAGCAGACCGGCGAACACGGACGGGGCUAG